AUGGAGGGAGAGAUUCCUCCUCUUCUCCUUGUGGAGCAACCCAUGACUUCUCCUACGACCCCUGGGAAGACCGCGUCGAGAGAUAUCCUGUUUGGAGAAACAGGGAUAUCGAAGGGAUCAUCACCCGUGAAGUAUGGAAGAAGGUCGAAGAUAGUUAAAUUUCGUGCAGAUUCAGGAAGCUCAACACGCCCUCGGAACUUGAAAACAAUCCGUAUUGAGCUACCUAACGCGUCGGCUGGAACUUCUUCACGCAAAAGGCCUCUAUCUCCUCCAGAUGGUGAUAGCGACACAGAGUCCUUGUCGCCUUUGAGUCCUCUAACUCCAAUGCUCAGCUCUCAGUCGACUGUAUUCAAAGACAAGUCUGAAGAACGAUGGAGUAUCGAAGGUCUGGGAAGUCUUGUCUGGAUUCAUGUUAACCAGGCAGGCCAGGUUUUUGAUGCGAAGGGUAAUGGUGACAAAGGUGGAUAUAUGUGGUGGCCUGCGAAGAGUAUUGGAAUGCUGAAGCGCGAAAUAAUUGUUCGCCCAUAUGGCAGUCUUGGCACCUCUGCUGCGACAAUUCGUGUCCAAAAUCCAUGUAACCACAAUAUCCUUUCCCUUACUGACUCUCUUGGCCGUCCGCGGUUUGGAUCUCCGUCGUCUUACAGGGGUACAACAUCUGUCUUUGCCUCUCCCAAGAAGAAACAGAAACGCGACCUGUCGACUGUAGAUGAUAGUUGGCAAGCUGCGGUCUUUGAAAUCCUUAGGGAUAAAGAAGAUGAAGACGAUGGUCUCCCACCGAUUGAAUUCGCUCUCAGUGCAGCCAGUCGGUAUGCAUCAGUCAGUGCUUCCCAAAGCACUGUAACUGCUCCGAAGAGAGACACGAAAACGACAUGGAAGCAAAAGAAGAGAGGCAAUGACAUUGAAGUAAUUGACUUGGACACACAAGGGGACGUCGAGAGCGACUGGGAUCCUCCAGAACCAGACGAAAUGCUUGACAUUCCAGGCGAACUAGUUCUUGCACGCGACAGGGCAGACAGAAGGAUCGCUCAUUGGCCAGCUAAAUUGCUGGCGUAUAUUCCUCCUUCGAAGCCCAAGAAAAAAACACGACAAAAGGAGCCUAAAUACAGGGUCCUAUGGCUGGACGAUACAGAACAAGAAGUGCCUAGGGACUGGUUUUACGCUUGCCAUGAGCCGGAAUUUGGAACUUGCGAGAUGGGCAAGUUUGCAAGUGACCACCUGGAUAAUGGAGAUGAUGGCGACGAAGACGAUCCAGCAAACACCUCGCGAGAUAACAAUAACCAUUCCUCGGAUCCUGGUAUCCUUCCUCCCAGUCCCAGCCCCAGUCCAGUCCCAUUUCCUUCUCUAUCCUGUGCUUUCAACAAUCUUUCCAUUCGCGCCCAGCUAGCAUACAUCAAACCUGUUCUCCUUGCAAUUUUGAACGAGAACUACGCGCCAGCCAAAGGCCGACACGAUAGCUUUAUGAAGGGUGGUAAAGCACGCGCAGGACUUGGCGCGUCAGCAGGGCUGCGUGGAACGAUACCCCCACGAGAUGUUGACAAGCUCCAGAAACACUUGUGUGAUUGGUGCCUCCGAGACGAAGUUAGAGCUUCCAACAAAUCGGAUUUUGAGUCUGUUCUGUUAAAUGAUUCCAUCGAAGAGGAUGCGGAGAUCCGUCACCCCCUGGAACAUAUUUUCAACGCUGCUUCCCCGUCGAAAUCGUUGUCUGUUUCUGGCGCGCAGAAUACAGACUAUCAUUCUUCUAAAGAAAACAUUUAUCCCGACGAUGGAGGUGUUGGCAGCUCUGCAAUGUCGAAGGGGUUUUCACCUGCGUUGACUGACACCGACCUGCCUCCAUCACCUCCACCCGUCCCUCCGACCUCGUCGAUGGUAUCGUUGUUGUCGGAAGAUAACGAGGUUUCUUCGGACGACCAGAAUAAAGAUGCUGUUACCGUAGAGGGGACACGACUUACGUUAGAAAGACAGAAAGGUUGCGCCUUGUAUGAGAACCUCGCAGGGCUCGAGAAAAUCACCUAUUGUCUUAAUGUCCUCCUUCCAGAAGCCGUGUUGCAACUUCUACUCUGGCGGAAUGGUCAUCGAACUUCGGUCGAGCUACUUUCCGACUUUGAAGAAGCCGAGCUACAUGAAAAAGCAGAGAAACUCGCCGAGGAAACUGACUGGGUGUUUGAUAUUGUGCGAUUACGCGAGAUGAAAGUCCGACAGCUCAAGAGGCAGGCUGCAAAAAACGCGAGUACAAGUGGUCGUGAUACUGCAGUCAGAACUCGAACGUCAUCCAGGAGCAGACGCAUCCCUGACAGGUAUCAAGUGUAA